AUUUAAUUAAAAGGGGGGACCGGGGAAGGAGAAGAAAAGUUUUGGUGUUGAAAGAGCGGAGAACGCAUAGCACAGAGCAGAGAGAGGGUUGCGAUAAUGAGUAACGAAUACGAUUACCUGUUCAAGCUUCUGCUUAUCGGCGACUCUUCCGUCGGGAAAUCAUGCUUGCUUCUCCGAUUCGCUGUCAGUCUCUCAUCACUUCACCGGAUUUCUCCUUUCGCCUUCGCUUUCUCUCAUCUCUUCACUUCCCUUCCUUGCAGGAUGACUCCUAUGUGGACAGCUACAUAAGUACCAUUGGAGUUGAUUUCAAAAUCAGAACCGUCGACCUACAAGGAAAAACCGUCAAGCUCCAGAUUUGGGAUACAGCCGGACAGGAGCGAUUCAGGACUAUAACAAGCAGUUACUAUAGAGGAGCGCAUGGAAUAAUUAUUGUCUAUGAUGUCACUGAGAUGGAAAGCUUUAACAAUGUGAAGCAGUGGUUAAAUGAGAUUGAUAGAUAUGCAAAUGACAGUGUGUGCAAGCUUCUUGUGGGGAAUAAAUGUGAUCUGGUUGAUAACAAGGUCGUAGACUCACAAACGGCCAAGGCCUUUGCGGAUGAGCUCGGUAUCCCUUUCCUUGAGACAAGUGCUAAAGACUCUAUCAAUGUGGAACAGGCUUUCUUAACUAUGGCAGCAGAGAUUAAGAAGAAGAUGGGAAGCCAAACAGCUGUUGGUAAGUCGGCAGAAGCCGUUCAAAUUAAGGGGCAACCAAUCCCACAGAACAGCAACUGCUGUGGUUAGGUUUUACGGUCUGUUAUAACUGUUAUAUGAAAAUAGGGAGACUCUUUCUUUACUGUGUUAUGACAUGGAUGUUUAAGUAGUAACUCUUAAAAUAUGACUGUUCAUCUAUUUAAAUCCCUGGAUAAUGUUGUUCUGAA